UUACAUUUACAUGAUUUGCUCAAUCAGUUGAUAUUAAUUACAGAUAAAUUAUUUUAUGUCAUAUCACUUAAUCAGGCAUAGCCAAAGACACGACAGCCCUCAUCAACUUCCCUACUGUCAGCUUUCCUACACACUGGCCAGGUGACAUGUGACGUGCCUUCAUGUCUCCUGAGGUUGUGGGUUAUGGUCCAAACUAAGCCGUUGGGUGACCAAAACAUCACACAUAAUAUAUUUUCCCAAUAAAAUUCAUAGAAUUUGAGAAAAUGUCCCUUUCUCUCAUAUCUAACUAUCAGGAAGGCUAAAGGACAGGCCACAGCAACAUACAAUUAUGUCAUAAAUUACAUCAUUUUGUGCUCACUUGUGUAUGUUUUCGUGCUUUUGUGUGCAGAGAGACUUCGGGGAGGGGAGUGGCUGUCAGUAACUCAGGGAUAAAUAGAGAGGCAGAGCUCAGAGUUUGACAGAAGGCAGACCUGACAGGAUCAAGCACAGGACCAAGCAGGAGCAGGAGGACAUCAGCAUUUAGAUUUUUUAUUACAAAUGGAGGAACACAAAGAUGAUCAAUAUUGUUUUCAAGACAGAAACUCUUCUUGCAGAAAGGCUUUGCUAUCGACAUCUAUCUACAUAACACUGUACAUCUUUUUCUCGUUGAUUUCAGCAGUUACAGUAUUGUUGAACCUACUGGUGAUCAUCUCCAUCUCUCACUUCAAGCAGCUCCACACUCAAACCAACCUGCUUAUCCUCUCUCUGGCUGUGUCAGAUUUCCUGGUGGGACUGAUUGUGAUACCAGUAAUGACUGUAGCAAUAAUUGAACCAUGCUGGAGUUUUGGGGAAUAUUUCUGUGUGUUUCUUCUCUACAUUAAUUGUUUGUGUACUUCUUUAUCUCUGGGCAGUUUGGUCUUGAUAUCUAUUGACCGCUAUGUUGCUGUCUGUGAUCCCUUAUUGUACCACUCUAAAAUAACAAUAACAAGAGUGAUGUGUUGUAUAUUCAUUACCUGGUGUUGUUGUAUCAUAUACGAUGCUGCUAUUAUAAAAGACAUUGUAAAUGUACAGGUACCGAGUAGGUGCUUGAGUGAAUGUUUUACUGGUGAAGGAUAUAUGUGGGGCAAUAUAAUUGACUUCGUAAUUACAAUGGUUGUCCCGUGCUCUAUUAUUAUAACACUUUAUAUGAAAAUCUUUGUGGUGGCCAGAUCACAGGCCAGAAAGGUAUUUUCAAAACAGGCUGCCAGAGUGUCUGGUGUUAAAACUGUACAGGCAAAUAAGUCUGAGAGAAAAGCAGCAAAAACUCUGUCUAUUGUUGUUUUCACCUAUCUAAGUUGUUGGAUUCCAUUUCUAUUUUCUUUUUUGUUUUUUUCUUUCUUAAGUGACAAUUUAUUAUCAUUCAUCAUCAGCUUUCUGCCACUUGCUAAUUCCUUAAUUAAUCCAAUAAUUUAUGCUUUAUUUUAUCCAUGGUUCAAAGUGACAGCUAAACGUAUUUUAUCUCUGAAGUUAAGGUGUUCAUAGUACCUAUAUUUUUAUUUCCCAGUUUGAAAAACAUAGUUAUGUUACACAAUUGUUCCCUGACAAUACAGAGAUGAAUGUGGUGUUGAUACAGAAUGAUUUGUCUAGAUUGGACUGGAAUGACUUGGAAAACGUAUAAGAAACCAUAAGCUUGUUUUAUAAAAUACAUUGUAGUCAUUGUGGGUUGUACAUUCCAAAAACCAAAGUCUGUUGUUCCAUGUUAUUUAAUAAUAAAUAAUAUGUAAGUAUUCUAAAAGUACAUUUUGAGAACGAGUCAUUAUGUAUAUUGUUUAACAUCACCCUCUAGUGGCUCGAUUGUUACACAACACCUUUAACAAGUGUACUGAAUUUUAAAUGUUCAAUACUGCAUGAUAUCAGACAACGUCCAAGUCUAUCUCAAUGGCGUAUGUAAGUAGUUGAGGGUAAAAUGCACAAAUAUGCAGUUGUGUACCACUACAAUGUUCAGUAAUAAACCAUUUGAAAGGCAUUUACAGUUUGCUCACCAUUUAUUAUUACGCACACAUUUGUUAAAUGUUACUCACCUGGGUAUUAUGACACGUAUUAAUGACUACAAAAUGCAUUAUUGAAUCAACUCAACAGUGCAGGUUAUGAACACUACCACUACUCUCACUACCACUACUCUCACUACAACACUGCUGCCAGGUCAGGGGUCACACCAGAGCAGCUCUCUCAGAAGCAUAAUAAUAAUGAUUUAUAAAUAAAAUAUAAUAUAAUAAUAAAUGUUAAUCACCUGGGUAUUAUGACAUGUAUAAAUGACUACAAAAUGCAUUAUUGAUUCAACUCAACAGUGCAGGUUAUGAACACUACCACUACUCUCACUACCACUACUCUCACUACAACACUGCUGCCAGGUCAGGGGUCACACCAGAGCAGCUCUCUCAGAAGCUGUUUAGUGUGAAUGAAUAUAGUGAUUGGGUAACACACUAAAUAAUUCAUAAUGGAUAAGUAUAAUGUUUAUUCAUAACUUAUUUAUCAUUACUCCUGCAUCUGUUUUAGCAAGCUAGUUCAUCACACAUUUAUAAACAACUUUCAUAGUAUUUAAUAAUGAUUUAUAAGGUCAUUCAUCAGAUGUUUAAUACAUGUUCUUAUAAACCAUUUAAUAAUCAUUAGUAAAGUAGUUUUGCAUCUAAAGUGAGAACUAUUCAAUCGGUCUUAAUACUUUAUAAAUGUCAUUUCUCACAAAAAGAUGGACACAUAUUGGAAUCAUGGAGUUUUGGGGAAUAUUUCUGUGUUUUUCAAUUCUACAAUACUUGUUUGUGUACUUCUUUAUCUCUGGGCAAUUUGGUCUUGAUACCUAUUGAGCGCUAUGUUGCAUGUGUGUGAUCCCUUGUUGUACCACUAAAAUAACAAUAACAAGAAUGAUGUGUUGUUUUUCCAAUACCUGGUGUUGGUUUAUUAUAUACGAUGCUGCUAUUAUAUUUAAAAAAACAUUGUAAAUGUACAGGUACCCAGUAGGUGUUUGAAAUAAUGUUUUAUUGUUGAAGGAAUAAGCUGGGGUAAUAUAAUUGACCUUGUAUUUACAA